AUGAGCUGGCAAAAGCCCCACCCACCGGGUUCCUCCCCAAGCUUCUCGACAAAUGCGCCCACAGUUGGAAAACCAACGAUUCUGAACAGCCGUGUUAUGCAAAAUGGUAAUAAAUAUGUGCCACCGCAUCUGAGAAACUCUCAGAGCAAUGGUGGUUCCCGCCCAAGCGGAGGAGGCCGAAGUGAUUCUCGAGGAGGAGGUCGCGGCUCCUAUGACAAACAACGAAACUAUGGCGACGAUCGUCGCGGAGGAGGUUACGACAGCCGUGGAGGCGGUGGUGGCUACAGCAGCCGUGGAGGCGGCGGUGGCGGUCCUCCCCCCAGCAGUGACCGCUGGUCCAACUUGGAUUCCGACGAUCGCGGAGGCGGCGACCGUGGAGGAUACCGUGGUGGAGGCGGCGGCGGCGGAGGAUACAGCCGCGGCGGUCCCAAACGCAAUGACCGCGGGUUUCACGGAGAUAUCCAACCUGACAAGCGUCUUGAACGUACCCUGUUCGGUACUGAAGACAGGCAAACCACUGGUAUCAAUUUUGACAACUACGACAAGAUUCCCGUGGAAGUUUCUGGUGAAAAUUCACCUGAUCCUAUCGAAGUCUACUCUGUUGAUACAAUCGGAGAAGACUUGUACCGCAACACUCAGCUUUGCGGGUACGACAGACCAACUCCUGUCCAAAAGUACUCAGUCCCCAUUGGUCAAGCUGGACGUGAUCUGAUGGCUUGUGCUCAAACCGGUUCUGGAAAGACUGCCGGUUUCUUGUUCCCCAUUAUCAUGUCCAUGAUUCGACAUGGAGGUUCUGAUCCGCCUGAGAACGCAAGACGUCGCGUGUACCCCGAGGCGUUGAUCAUGGCCCCAACACGUGAACUUGCUCAGCAAAUCCACGAAGAGUCGAAGCGUUUCACGUACUGCACUGGUAUUGCAGCUGUCGUCAUCUAUGGAGGUGCGGAUGUUCGUGACCAAUUGCGUCAAAUUGAUCGUGGCUGCGAUUUGCUGGUUGCGACCCCUGGUCGUUUGGUGGACUUGAUCGAACGUGGUCGUCUGGGUAUGGACAACGUUCGAUUCUUGGUUCUUGAUGAGGCUGAUCGUAUGCUUGAUAUGGGUUUUGAGCCACAAAUCCGUCUCAUCGUCGAACAAUCCAGCAUGCCUGCAGGUGACGAUCGUCACACGAUGCUUUUCAGUGCUACCUUCCCUCAAAACAUUCAACGAUUGGCAAGUGAUUUCAUGAGAGAUUACAUCUUCCUUACUGUCGGUCGUGUCGGAUCUGCCUCCAAGGACGUUACACAAACCGUCGAGUUCGUUGAAGAACGAGACAAAAUGGAUGUGUUGAUGCGAUUCUUGAUGACUGUCGAAGAUGGUCUCAUCCUUAUCUUUACCGAGACCAAGAGAAAUUGCGACUAUGUUGAGGAUGUCCUCUGCUCCCAAGGUUUCCCAGCUUGCUCUAUCCAUGGAGACAAGACCCAACGGGAACGUGAAGAUUCCCUUCGAGCCUUCAAGCGUGGAACCACUCCAGUGAUGGUGGCUACUGAUGUUGCCAGUCGUGGAUUGGACAUUCCAAAUGUCACUCAAGUCAUCAACUUUGAUCUCCCAACCAACAUUGACGACUAUGUUCACAGAAUUGGACGUACUGGACGUGCCGGAAACACAGGAGCUGCUCUUUCAUUUGUCAACGAAAAGAAUGCUGGUGUCGGUCGUGACCUUCGGGACUUGCUAGACGAGAACGAUCAAGAAGUUCCAACUUGGCUGAACCAAAUGUGUGCCAGCUCUGGACGUGGAGGAGGAGGCCGGGGCGGUCGCGGAAAGAGCAACUUUGGAGGACGUGAUUACCGUAAAAGCGGUGGUGGCGGCGGCGGCCGUGGUGGAGGAGGCUACGGUGGCGGCGGCGGUUACGGAGGUGGUGGUAGCUUUGGUGGCGGCGGCUACGGAGGUGGCGGUGGAGGCUAUGGCGGCGGCGGCGGCUAUUCAGGAGGAGGCGGCGGUGGUGGAAACUUUGGCGGUGCUUGGUAA